AAGUUGAAGAUCGAGCCCCGCGAGCGAGUGCGGUGUUGGAGAGUGCGCGACGUUUCGCGUUGAUGAAGCGUAUCGUCUGCUACCUGCUACGAGCGAGAGUGGACGUCGGGCUAGGUGGAGUGGCCUGGAAAUAUCAUCUCUCUGGGCUCUCCUUGGGAAUAAAAACGCGCUUGAUUUAUCAAAAGCUUGCCUGACAUUAAAAAGGACACAGUGAAACAGCAAAAGAAAUAAAACCGCUUCCACCGCACCAUUACGCACAAUUCCGUUCCCGAAAAUUCCAACAAUAUAUCGCGCGAGGACAAGUGAAAAAUAAGUGAAAAAAAAAAUCAUUACAAUCACGCGCGACCUGGGUUGCUGCUCGAUCUGUGCUUUAUCGAGACGUCAAUGUUAAGCGUGAUUAGAAACGAAGAAUUAACGUUCACGUUGACGCUCGACUGUCAACAAUCGCUGGAGCAGCACAGGGACACGGCGCUCCGCCAGUGAAACGUCAAAACUCGUUUCUCCUGUGAUUCCUCCUGUGAAGUUCACUGCGCGGAUUUUUCUGUGAUUCGUUAAUAUUUGUUUUUUUCUCGUUUUCAUCUUUAUUUUCAUGCGAAUUUCUUCGAAUUAAUACAAUGUGUAUGCACGAGCUCUGAAAACGUCAUUCACGCAGAUAUCCAGAAAAAACCUCGAGGCUUUUCUCUAUUUGUGUUUCUUCCAGUAUUAUUUGUUUUUUCUUCUUUCUUUUUUUUAUUCAUUUCCAAACUUUUUCUCGCAAAAUAAUAUACAUUUUGCGUUCAGUAUGGCUAAUAACAAGGCUCCUAGCAACGCCGUUCAAACCAAGGCCGUUGAAGUGUCCCAGCAACUUCAGGAUGGCGAAAAGUUUGUCAAGUGGGACGAGGAUUCGGGUGUCGCGACUCCGGUUACUCUGAGGGUCGACAAAUACGGUUUUUAUUUGCACUGGAUAGACCAAAAUAACGAAGUCGAUAUGCUCGACAUAGCCGUAAUAAGGGACACGCGGACUGGGAAAUACGCAAAAAUACCAAAGGAUCCAAAAUUGAAAUCGCUGGUAACAUUGGGCUCGCAGGACAGCCUCGAGGACAAAACCGUGACGGUGUGUUACGGUUCGGACUUUGUGAACGUGACGUUCAUAAAUUUUUGUGCGACACGAGCCGAAAUAGCGCGACACUGGACCGAUCAGUUGUUCCAGCUCGCUUACAAUUUGACCUUGUUGAAUACGAGUACAAUGUUGUUCUUGCAAAAAGCACAUACGAAACUGACCCUCACGGCUGACAAGUCGGGCAAAAUUUCGACGAAGAAUAUAAUCAAGAUGUUCACUCAGAACAAGGAGGAUCGCAAGCGGGUCGAGAAAGCUCUCGACAGCGCCUCACUACCGUCGGGAAAGAACGAUGCUGUUUCAUUGCAAAAAUUUCAAUUCGAAGAUUUCUUCACUUUCUACAAAGCGUUGACUCAACGGAGCGAAGUUGAAAAAGUAUUCGAGGAAAUCGUUGGUAAUACGAAACGUCGAUUAAUGUCGGUACCGCAGCUUGUGGACUUUCUCAAUCAGACACAGAGAGAUCCUCGUCUAAAUGAGAUAUUGUAUCCGUACGCUAACACGGCACGUGCAAAAGACUUGAUUAACCAGUACGAACCUAACAAAUAUAACGCAAGCCGUGGACAGCUCAGUUCCGAUGGUUUUCUCAGGUAUUUGAUGAGCGAGGACAAUCCCAUUAUGGCUGCUACCAAAUUCGAAUUGUCAGACGACAUGGAUCAACCGCUCGCGCAUUAUUUCAUCAAUUCUAGUCACAACACGUAUCUGACAGGUCAUCAACUAACCGGAAAGAGUUCAGUGGAGAUCUACCGGCAGUGCUUGCUGGCAGGUUGUCGUUGCGUCGAGUUGGAUUUUUGGAACGGGAAGCUCGACGAGCCUGUCAUCGUUCACGGAUAUACGUUUGUGCCUGAAAUAUACGCUCGAGAUGUGAUCGAGGCGAUAGCAGAGAGUGCCUUUAAAACAUCGGAUUAUCCAGUCGUGCUCAGUUUCGAGAAUCACUGCAAUCCAAGACAGCAGGCUAAGAUCGCUCAGUAUUGUAGGGAGUACUUUGGUGAAAUGCUGCUUGAUGCCCCUCUCGAAUCUCAUAAGCUCGAAGCAGGUCAAGAACUACCACCGCCCUCGUUGUUGAAACGUAAAAUCAUAAUAAAGAACAAAAAGAAGCAUCACCAUCAUCACCAUCAUAAGAAACAUCAGAAAAAGCCUCAAGCGACGUUGCACGAAGCUGCCGAAGAUUCGCAAGACGUCGAAGACGAUCCAGCCUCAAAUUCAACCGCUGCCGGUGAAAAUGGACCCCCUCCUGAUAUUAUUCCACAAAAUGAAGUUCCGGAAGGUGGUGAAACAGCUGCAGCGGAACAACAAAUCGGAAAUGGUAAUGGACCUCACGCUCCCUUGCUCCAGCAACGUCAGGGCAGCAAAGAUAGUACUCAGGAAGACGAUGAUGACGAGGAUGAAUCGAGCACGGAAGAAGAAGAGUCGAAUGUCGAAGACAUGAAAUUGCGAAUGGGUGACAAGGUACCAGCACCGGACAAGGUUGCCUCAACCGCAAAGGAAACUGAAGCCGGAGCAGAAAUUUCAGCUCUAGUGAAUUACGUUCAGCCGGUUCAUUUCAACAGUUUUGAGAGCGCUGAGAAAAAAAAUCGUACUUACGAAAUGUCCUCGUUCGAUGAGAAACAAGCAACGACUUUGUUGAAGGAGAGACCGCUGGAAUUUGUUAAUUACAACAAGCAUCAAUUGUCCCGAGUUUAUCCGGCUGGAACGCGAUUUGAUUCGAGCAAUUUUAUGCCCCAAGUAUUUUGGAACGCCGGCUGUCAAUUAGUCGCUCUGAAUUAUCAAACACCGGAUCUCGCGAUGCAACUCAAUCUUGGAAUAUUUGAGUACAACAAUCGUUGCGGAUAUAUUUUGAAGCCGGAAUUCAUGCGACGCAAAGAUCGUCGGCUGGAUCCAUUCGCAGAAUCUACGGUCGACGGUAUUAUAGCAGGGACUGUCCACAUUCAUGUCAUUUCUGGGCAAUUCUUGUCUGACAAGAGAGUCGGAACGUAUGUUGAGGUCGAUAUGUACGGUUUGCCAGCUGAUACAGUCAGAAAGAAGUUCAAAACCAAAAUCGUACCUAACAAUGGCAUUAAUCCUAUUUACGAUGACGAACCCUUUAUAUUCAAAAAGGUCGUUUUGCCCGAGCUUGCUUCAAUUCGCCUAGCGGUUUAUGAGGAAUCCGGACGUUUUAUCGGACAUCGAGUUUUGCCAGUGGUUGGUCUUUGUCCAGGAUAUCGUCACGUAGCAUUGAGGACCGAAUGCGGGCAGCCGCUUCCAAUGGCGAGUCUAUUUUUGAAGGUUGUCGUCAAGGAUUACGUGCCGCACGGGAUGAGCGACUUUGCCGAUGCUCUUGCCAACCCCAUCAAGUAUCAGAGCGAGAAAGAAAAGAGAGGUAAACAAUUGGCGGUUUACGGUGACGAUACGGACGCUCCGAUGGAGGGGGAAGUUGAGAUUAAGGAAACGGUCGUUGUUAGUGGACCAAGUUCCUCGAAGCCAACGGACGAAACAACGAAGAUGAAAAGAUUACAGUCAACGGAAACGCCCAGCGUUCAACCUGCUUCAGGAAGUCCGCACGGUAGACCGUCGGUCACUGGAUUGAGCUCUGCAGAAACACCGGACGUUGAAGAUACUGUUAGUUCAAGUACGGCCUCCGUGCUCGAUUCUUCAGCAACGAAAAGCUUAAUUCCGUCUCUCGGUGUCGGUGAUAACAUUGUUGCUGAACCUCUGGAAAAACUCAUGGAAAAUAAAGCCGUCAAAGAGAAAAAAAUCGAGUUGGAAAAGAAGCUCGAAUCAUUGAAACGAAAGCAUGAGAAGGAGAAGUUGAGGCUUCUCGACGGAGACAAACCCAAAUCCAAGUUCAACAUCAGCAACAAAUUGGUCAAGAGGCGUUCCAACAAAAAUAUCAGCGUAGAAACUUCCGAUUGCCCUGACGUCGAAGGUUCCGAAGGGCAACGAGGUUUACCGAGGAGUCAGAGCGAACGUUUGUUGGCCGUGUGCAAAGAACAUGUUUUGCAAGAACGGGAAUUGGAGGAAAAAUACCACGAAAGCGUGUACACGACGCUCGAGAAAGUCAUGAGAACUUCGCAGUCAGAUCAGCUCAAAACGCUUCGGGUACUUUUGGAACGACAAAAGGCUGAUGUUAUGAGGAAACUUCAAGCAAUGAGACACGGCGAGGUCAAACAGUUAUCGAAGGAGCACAGAGAUAAAGCCGAAUUGGAUCGUAUGAAACGUGAAGUUGACAAAAUAUCGAUCGAAAAGGGUGUCAAUGAGUGCACGAGAUUAACCCAAAUAUACGACAAGAAGAGGUUGGAAUUGGAACGACAACACGAGGACGUGAGACAGAGGUUGGACGAGGAAAAAGUCAAAGUAAAAGCAGAUUUACAAGCAGAGUACAAUAAGCGUUAUAACAAGUGCGAAAGUGGGGAAUUGCCAAUAUCACCGUCAGGCGGAACGAGUAUUUCCGACACUUUAAGUGGCACGAUUCAUUGUCCGUCUCGUCGUUGAUCAGGAUCGGAAGUUUAAGCCGGAUAACGUGGAGGCCUUCAAUGAGCCCAGAAGUAUCGUCUGAAUCUCAGGAGUCGAUCAACAUCGUUAAAAGUUGAAAAUGACCGAAAAAAGUGAGCCAAGCACCGAGAGAGGAAGUCUGUGGAUGCUCGUUCAUGUAAUUCUCAUUUUCGGUAUGAAACUCGACAGUCAAAUAGUUCGAACGAUUUUCUUUAUAUUUUCAUUAUUAUUUAUUUGUUGAGAAUGAUUUUCUCUGGAAGACUCUGACGAAUAUUGCAUUCGUUAUUUUCACGAUGUCACUCCAGAGAGCGUCUUUACGUCUCUCUUUGAUGUUCGUUGUGAUCGAAGCAUUUUGCCGAAUCGACUGUGUCGAAUUAUCGGAGAAUCAAUAGUAUUUUACGCAAUUAGCAAACGAUAAUGAAGAGGAAAUUGUGAACUGCAUGCUAGACGUGAUGGAGAGGCGAUUCGAGACGAUUUUUUUUCUUCUCGUAUUGUGUGUUCAAUUUCUUACUAUUUUCCUGGGGAAAAUUCAGCUCUGAGGCAGGGUCGAAUUUCCCUUAGAGAUGUGGUAAAAAAAAGUUGCCUUGAAAAAAUUAUCUCCUUGAAUUUUUGUGAGUUUUCACUCGCUUAAUUAAUUAUUUAUUCGUGAUAUUUACUCGGCACAUUUUCGAAUGCUCCUUCGAACGUGCCCAGUGUAAUUUUGACUCUAAUCGCCUUCUUUUUAAUUAUUCCUUCUCGAUUUAAAGUUCACAAACUUUUUCAUUGGAUUGUCGGUGUAGGAUUAGCAGAGGGAAAAAAACGCACAGAAAAAGGUCGAAAACCAGAUCAGUGUUAAGGGAUCGAGUAAAAAGACGAUAACAAUUGAUGAAAAAUUGAAAGCACGAGGCGUUAAAUGCUGAAAACAGAUGAAAAUUACGAUGAUUUUGAAAAAGGAUGCAAUUCUAAAUACGUGUAAUCUUUUUGAAUGAUCGCGCUUCGACCUUGUUGUUAUAUACAUAAGUCUCGUUAUAUUUACUCGAAAAACAAAAGAAAGGGGAGAAAUUAAAGGCCCAAAAAGAUCAAUUUUAAUCGCGUCUCGAAUUUGAAUAUCCGAAUCGAUGAAGAGAACACGGAAAGCGAGUAAGCAAAGAAAAAAACUCGACACUCGUUGAAUUUUCAUUCGAAAUAGAACUUGAAUUCCAUCCAUAGUUCUCGGCGUUCGGCUGUAUUGAUAUUUCGAUUGAAAUCUCUUUGGCCUAGAUAUUUCGAGCGUGUUUAAGUAAAACGUUGAAGAACUAUCGCUGCGGACGUCGAACAAGAAACACCUGCUAUUUCGGAUGAAGAUCAAUGAUUUUCGAGCUUUUUAGGGAUUUGUAUUUCGAGACAAAAAACAGAAGGAAAGGACGAAAGUACCCAUUGUAUAAAAGGGAAAAACCCGAUCGUAUUGGGUGGAUAAUUGGGAAAAAGGAUUUUAACUAUAUCUUCUAUACAUGGGCAAAAUAAAGUCAUGGAAAGACAAAUUUUUAAUCGAAAUCCACCUCUCUGAGGAAGACAAUCAAAAAUUUUGCGUUUUGUGACGCAAAUAUAUAUAGCGUAUGAAGAUUUUCCUUGUUGUUUCUAAUCGUACGGUAUAAAUAUUAAAUGUAACUUAUGAUGGAAUCCUCAUUAGUCAUAACGGAAAAAGAAAAGGCAAGAAAACGUCGUGGAGAGAAGGAAAAUCGGGGCUGAAAGAGGUUGCUCGAUGCAAAUGUUUGUUUAAAUUCAUCUCUUUUUUUUCUCGUUAAGUGAUUCAAGCGUUAUUUAUUUUCCAUACUGAUUCAAAUGCGUUGGUAUCGAUCGGUGGUUUGUAAAGUUGGAAAAGAGUGAUUGAAAGUCAUGUUGAGAUGAGAAUAACCCGAAAAAAAUGAAAAAGAAUAAGAAAGAAUCUCAAAGCAAUGGUAGAGUGAGAAACAAAAUGAAAAACCAAAACGCUGAAUGAAAAAAGUCAUAAUCGAUACUUCGCUACGAUUUUUUGAGUGUUAAGGCUGAUUUUGAAAAAUCGUAUUAGCUUUCAUGGUAUAUUAAAAAGCAAUUCAAUAUUUUUAUCACCCCGCGUCUCUAAUGUAUCAUCGAGUAGAACAGGCGUAAAAAACACGUUUUCUUCGCCUUUUUCUCGCAAUUACGGACCUCCGGAAGGUUUUUUCUCAUCUCUGUCUCUUGCGUACAGAAUAGUCGAAACGCGACUCUCUCCGCCCCGUUCGGAUUGUCACACGAUCGAAUCGAGAUAAAAUGGAUAGUUGAAUUCUCUAUUUUCGGAUUUUCGAAUCUUAAACGAAAAAGCGUAUUUGUGGAAUUUAAUUUUUUAUCUUUGAACCAUUUUCCCAGGUGUAUCCUGCCACUGGCAUUUUUGCUCAGAAACAUUGAAUUAAAAAUCGAACGUUUCGGACAACAGUAAAAUCCUGAAUAUUCUAUAAUAUUUCGAUCAUUCCAAAUUCAUUUAUUCGUCAAAACAGUAUCGAUCUCCUUCACUCGAUUUUCUCGCAUCUUCCAAACUUAAGCAAACGAUUGCAUUUGGUUAUUUAAUUUUCUCCAUGAUACUCAUUGUACGAUAAAUAACGAUAAUAAUUAUAACAAAUCAUAGGGGAAACGAGGAGGCGAGUUUUUUUUUCACGUAGUCUAUAGGUCUCUGCGUUAAGUCAAUGUAUUUAGAGAGUAGUAGUGUUGUCCAAAAACGAGGUUACCAGUCUAAAGGACGUACGAUAUUGCGAUUAUUUAGAAUCCCUCGAUGUCCUUCGUUGUCGCUCGGUCAUUUUCUGAUCGAUCGAGAGUCUUAAUUAUGAAUUAUUGGUCUCGAUCGUUGACUCGGAUGGUAGACGAACUGAGCGAUGCUCCGAGCUUUUGAGAAACAUUUUUUGGGACUAGGGGGACGUUUUUAGAGGAAAAACGUGUUUAGACCUCGAUUAGUUUGUUCAUUUGUAAGAAAAGUUCACGAACGUUUGUAAUAGCGAAAUGGUUGUAUCGUAAUAAUCGAUGUCGUUGUAAAAACAAAACAGACAUUUUGUCGUAGAGCUCAUGAUGUAACGGAAAAACUGAAAGAAAAAGUCAAAUUCGUGUGUUUGCGUCGAUGUGAAAAAGAAAAAAAUGGAGAGAAAAAAAAACUUGGGAGAGGAAAAAAUGUUUAAUUCUAAAUUGUGUUGUCUCAGAUCGAUAGCAGUGCACGAUAAAUUGAUUGAGAAUCUCUGAUGCGUGGCAAACGUGGUUGAAAAUUCAAGUCCGUGGCUAAAAGAAACUUGCUUAAAAUCGUACAGUCAUUUUAAACAGAUAUUCAGAAAGAAAACGAGGUUGACAAAAUAUAUUUUUCCUCACUAUUUUCUCUCUAAAUUUUGGUACAAUCGAGUACAAUUGUUGCGCUUCCGGAAAUUAGUAAUUUCUCCAUUUCAAGUUCAAAAGUAAUGACAAAAAACGUGCUUUCUAAAAUGACAAAGAGCAACAAACACACUUGUACGUCCGAAGUUUAAAUGUUAAAACAACCAAAUUUCUUCCACGUUCGCUCCUCCGUGUCGAUUCGUCCUAUGUAUACAUAAUAUUUAUUAUUAUUAAGCGAUUUAAUAUUAAGAAAUAGUGCAUAUAUUAUAUUCAUGUUGAUAUAUAUAUUAUGUGUUGUUGCUGUUGAUGUUGUUAAUUCUAAAGUAAUGAAAACAAAAACCACGUUAGCUGUAAGACGAUUUUCCGGAAUUGUAUAGCCGUAAAAAAGGAAUCGCAGAACUAAAAUGUUCGGGUUAUUAAACGAUUACUGGGAACGAUCGUUCUCCAGUCACGUUUUUAGCAUAAAAGCGCUUAUUUACGCGACCGAUUUUGUAUCGAAGGUAAAAGAGAACAACAACUUAAAAUCACCAUUUUUUUCUUAUACGGAAGAUAGGAAAAGUUGAGAUUUGCGAAGGAAAAGAAUCGGUCAAUAAAUAAUUAGUCUUCCCAUCACACAACUCUCCGAUAAAUUAUUCGCUCGCGUGUACAUUUUUUCUACACGCCCUUUUUAUUACCAACAUUUCUUAUUCGAUCUUCUUUACUUUUUCGAAUCUCACACUCAUGCUUCCAUUAUUUUAUCCCACGGUGAUCUUAUUCGGAGCUCCGAACAGUAUUAAAAUCCGGAAGCACACUCUGUCAAAUAAAGCUCGAGUGUACCCCCAAAAAUAGGAAAACCGAAUAUUUUCGGUAAGCGAAUAUUUAUUUAUUGAGCAACAAACUUGCCAGUAAUAUUGAUUGAGUUCAAUUCAAAUUGUAAUUCAAUGUUACAAUGCUUCGGAGAAACUCAUUGAAACAGACCUUUCAUGGAGUUCUGUUUGGAUUUAAUGUUGGUUUAUAUCUAUAAGAAACGACAUUUAUUUUGUGGUUUUUGUGCAAAAUAGUCAAGUUUAUCUGAAUAAGAUACAACUUAAGUAUCGAAAUAACGAUCAUGGCUCAAAAUGGGAUUGACGAUCCUCUCAGUCAUUUUUCUUCGCAACAUUAAGGUACAAAACAACUAAUAUGCCGAAUUUAAGGACGUUUUCGUACAAUUAAACGGUUUUAUCAUGUUAUUUCAGACACUUUUUCAUUCAUUUCUUUUCAAACGGUUAUUUACCAGUAUUGGAAUACUUGAUGAAAAACUCAAAGUUACCGUCACAAUCGGCGGGUAUUGUUGACACUCAGUUUACUCUCGUUGUUUUCGAUCUUUAUUUUCCGAGCUACCGAUUCACACGAUUUAUAUUUUAUAAGUGUAGUUGAAACGGCCUACAUGAUAAUCUUAGUUAAGAAUAAUUGUGCCCUGCGUUGGUAUCCGAUGAUUGUAAAUAUGAUGUCGAAAAAAAGAGAGAAAGAGAACGAGAGAGAGAGAGAGAGAGAGAAAGAGAAAAUGUGCGUGAAUAUCUCUCACCUUGCCUCGAACUGAAAAAAAAAAAAAAAACAAAAAACAAAAAGAUGAAAGAAAAAAAAGUGAACAAACAAAGCUCUAACUUUGUAUCUCCUUCCAAAGCAAUUUCUAACAACGAUCUCUGGAUACCUGGUCGAUAAACGACGAAUUUUCAAAACUCGACUCGUUCCAAUGUUCAAAGUAUCGCAUCCCCGAAGCCUCCGCGUUUUCUGCUAACCAAAAUGAAUGACAGAAAAAAUAAUGUAAAGGAAAAAAAUAUGAAAGAAGAAAAAAUAAGGAUUUAUUGAUAUUUGAUGGAGGAAAAGGAGAAUAAAACUGUUCUGGGACGUGUAAUCUCUUCGAGUUCGAGAGGCAGGGGGAUGGAAAAAGGUUUACCCUCGCGAAACUCUAUGAUAGUAUUGAAACUACGAAUACUUUUUUAUUAGUCAGUGAUCUAAGCUCUAUUUACGCUAAAAUACUGUAAACGUUAUUUUUAUGAACGCGAUGAGUACCCAAACGAAUGGAAUAAUUGAUGAAAUGAGAAGCAGAAGGAGGAGGAGGAGAGAGAGAGAGAGAGAGAGAUGAAAAAGUGAAAAUUCCAAAAUGAAAAAUACGAUAUACUGUCUGGCUAUGCUCUCGCGAUUGUGUGCCUGAUCGCGUGUACGUAUUUCUGCGUGUGAAAGUAACCGUUUUCCUUCCCUUCGUCCGAGUAAACUUCUAAAAACAAAAAUUUCCAAAUCCUAGUUGAAACCGUGAUGAAAAAAAACGUUCUCGAGAAAAUGUGUUCGAAGGUAACACACGUCGCUAACGUUACUCGUCAAAAUGUUGCUCAUUUAUUCCUGCGACAAUGAUUUAACCGGUAUUUCGAAAAAUAUUCUCUUCCAACGAAUAUUCCAAGCUUUUAUAUUUUAUAAAUACACACAAAGAGGAAAAAACAUACGAAUAAUUGUUACUUGUAAAAGCGUGCUCAUCACACGACACACUAACGACGUUCACUCAUUUAUUGCCAUUGAGAGCAGCGUUGUGUUUUAUGUUUAAAUAACUGUUGUCUUCCUACGAAUAGCAUUUUCGUUAUUCAGUGUUAAUCAGUGGUUGUACCGAAGGAACAAGUAACUCGAUAUUGUUAUCACUGUUGGAAUAAUUAGCAUUUUCAGAGCUAAUUCCGCGUCGUCAAGUGAAUCGCACAGGUUUAAGCGAGAGAGCUUUACCAAAAGGAAUGUUUUUAAUUUUUUUUGUUAUUUAUUAUUAUUUUUAUCGUUAAUGUUAAUUCGAUGAACGAGAAGCAAAUUGCGUGGCGAGUCCGUAUGUAGAUAGUCGUUGCUUCGUCGUCUCGUUGUUCGAUUGUAAAUUAUUGUUUUACUUCACUUUUUUUGUAUGUUUUGAUUCAGCAAUUGUAUAUUAAAUGCCAUUUUGUUGUGUUUAUUUUCAGUGGUUCAUCUCAUUUUUUUCAUUUCCGACAAGUCACCGCAGUUUUUUUCACACUUUUCGUCGUUUUUUUUUUUAUUCUAAAAUUACAGACUGAUUUUCAACUGUCCAUUCGAGGCUGCUUUUCGAAAGAAUACGAGGAUGAGAAAAAAUUUGAUUGAAUUUGAGCAAAGUCCACGAUAAUUCUACUCUCGAAAAAUUUUCAUUGUCCGAGCUUUUUUUUUCUUUUCGUGCAUCAUAAAGAAAUCUUCGCGAAACGUUAUUUUCGAGACGAAAUUAUUCGCAGGCACUUAAUAUUCGAAAAAAUGAACGUACCAUUCAAUCUCGCUCCCCCAACUAUACAAACAUCAUUCUCAUGUGCUAAGAUUUUGCUCUCAAAAGUUCGCACUCUCCACUAUUUUUUCAACCUCGCGACAAUAAGUUUACGCUAAUUUUCUAAUGUCGAUGGAAUUCUGUAUUGGCUCAUGAAUUUAUACAUGAAACUGCUUUUACACACACACACACUUACGAAUACGAGAUUCUACUUUGAUGCUGCUUUAUAUGUUUGUUAUAUACGUUCACACGAAGGACGCUUUUUCCACGUGCUCUUUCAACCCACCGUGUAUAGUUUAUAAUGAUUAUACGGUACAUCGUAUACGCGUAAACUCGUUAAAUAAAUAAAUACUAUUAAUAUAUCUAUAUAUCUAUAUAUCACGAUGAAAGUACAUAAUCGGUAAUGAUGAACGUGCAAUUGACGCUGAUGUCGAGGUGUACAUAUAGUUUUGAAAAACAAACAUAUUCGUUGACGUUCGUGUCAUUCGGAACACCGCGCCAAUCAUUUAUUUUCAGUAUUUUCUUUAUUAAUUGUUCAUUGAUUUUUUGUUCUCGUUUGGGGAGAGAUCUGAGAUCGAAAAACUCGAAGCUGUAAAUUUGGAUUCGAGGGAAUGUUCGGAGUAUUUUUUCAAAUUUUUGUUUGAAAAAUUUUCUAGCGGAGACUCGGAACGAGAUUUUUCAAUCGAAGGCCUCUCGACAGUGAAUUUGCACAUUAUUCGGUUUGUUCGACUCAAUGAAAAAUUUCCUGCAGAUUAAUUUCCUUCCUGGAGCCAAAUGAUCCUCUAACGAAGCUCAAAUAUAGAAUUCACUGAACCGUGAUUUCGUUGCUGUUGUAUUUCAUUUGAAAAAUAUUCCGUUGCCUCAAUCGAAGAGAAUAUUUCGGCUGAGAGAAACGAAAUUAGUUUUUAGGAAUCCCAUUUUUAAUGGGGGACUAUUUCUUGAGUUAUUCAUUAAAUUCGCUCAAGUGCUUCGGUUUAUUUUUUUUCAAGUGCUUAGAACAUUGUUGCUCCUACAUAACAACUCUUUGCACACGUGUACGAAUAUUUGUAACUCUUGGAACACAUUUUUUAAAGCAUUGAAAAAAUGGAAAAAUCGUCGAUGCGGUUUUUCCUUUAGUGAAUGAGAUUUUGCUUGCCAAAAUUGGCAGAAAAUUGUGUAUUUUUCUUGUAACUAUUCGUUAUUUUAUAAAACGCGAUGAUCUUUAUACGUCGAUGCGUUUCUAUAGGUGAAAAAAUGAAUUUGGUGGGCGAAUACUUUCGAUCGAGUGUGUACGUACAUUAAUUGAUUGAUGUGCAUUUUUGUCAGCCCACACUUGUCAAUGAAAUCUCUUUUUAUUGGAGGGGAAUUUGGAAGAUAAUUCUUGGCUGCAAGCUCCAAAAGUAUUUAUCGAAAAUCGAGAACGUUUCAAUCGAUUUAUCGAUGUUUGCAGAAUGAAAGAAAAAAAAUUGAUGAGUAUUAGAAGAACUGACGAGGAAUUUUGACUGUAACGAACGUCUAUCAUCCAAUUAUUUCCUCUCUGACUCACUCGUGCCUUGCCCUCGAACAUCCCUCACGUUUUCUCUACACGAAAGUCCGCGUCCUUCAUUACUUCUUCCGCCCCUUAAUGCCCUCGAUAUUUUAGGCAAAUUUUCUUCGAUGUUCGAUGUCGCUUAUAAAAAUAAUUAUGAUAAACAAAGUAACGAGGAUUAUUAUUGUAAGGAGAAGAAACUUCAAUUGUGCGAUUCUUUCGCGAAACACAAUGUGUAACUUGAUAUUAAGGAGAGCCGCGAUGUGUAUUCGGCUCGACUAAAAAACCAUCACGGCGAUCACGAUAAUCGUGUAACACACAAUUAUUUUUUACGCUCAGAAGUAGUACGUACGAGUAGCGUGUAUUAUUUUAAGCUCGAUACGGAAAAGAACAAGCGAAAAAAAUGACUCGAAGCUCGCGAUGAAAGAGACCCCCGAAGACCGCUCGGCGCGAAACAUGAAAAGUGCAUCGCGCUCGGGCGGGAGAUGAACUCCAAAAUGAAAUAGGAAAGAAUCGAGAAUCGUGCGGUUACGAAGACGUUUCGGUCGAUGAUUCGGUGUUUGAAAAAAAUAGGCAAAAAUAAAACGAUUUUUCUUUGUACUCGAUCCGAAUUGUCCCGAGAGACGUCAGUGAUGAGGAGAAAUCCGCGACGUGAGGUGCGAACGAAGAGCGAAUUAUUUUUCGAAAGUUUUUUCAGGUCAAAUUCACAGGAGACAAAACAGUGGCGCGAUAACGUGCGCGGAGAACUCGCGAUUCGCUCGUCGCCAAGUCGAAUCCAUGCACGACUCCCUCGCCCGGUAUCGAAAUUAGAUUUUAAAAGUGCCCUUCGUGGGCUCGAUCGAGAACAAUCGAAAGGGCAGAGAAAGAGGCUCGAGCCUGAGAAGAUGCGCGCGGUUGUCGCAGGCUCGUCGUGCCAUUCGCGUCCGUUGGAUACGAGCCGGAAGCAGCAUCUUCUCGAGGAUCGUGUAUUCUCAUUUCCUCUGUCACGAAUCACCGGAAGCGCGUUACUCGGGAACGAUCCUAAGCCGCUGAAUCGCGCUCGAAGUUUUCUCGUACUUUUGUACUCCCGUUAACGAGAAACUUUUCGAAUUUUCUCCCGGUAACUUCGAUAUCGUCUCGACGAUCCGACUUCCUUCCGCGGCGAGAUUAAUCAGUAUAAACGUAGCCAUUAAAUAAGUAAGCAAUUAUACGCAUACACCAACCGUAGAAAGUGCUUAAAUCGCUUCCAUUUGUGUGGUAGAUCGCACGUCUUAUUCCCCGUGCGUUCUGAGGCUCUCGCAGUUUCGCUCCUUCCAUAUGCUCACCCAGCAAUCGUAAAUUAUAUUUGAACAAAUAGAAAGCCACGCGUACGUCACUCAAUACGUCUGUGUGUCGAAAUUGGCGAGGGACCCAAAAUGCUUAAAUUUUCGUGCCGAUCCCAAAAUCGAUGUUGUAGAAAUAGAGAUUUGAGAAAUAAUAACAACAACAACUUGUAGAAUCGACUGUAUUUUUUAGUAACUACGUAUAGAAUAGAAAGAAAAUUGUUACCUGCUCUCCGAAAACCACAUAGAACAAGACUCGUAAAUUAUACAGAAGAAACAAUAUAUAUAUACACACACAUAUUAAUAUACAUACGUACGUACUACGAACGAUCCGUGAAUAACGAUAUUCUAUGAAUGGCUAUACCACAAUGUAAAAUCAAAGAAGUAGCGUAAAAUAAAAAUCUACCGUUAUACGAGUAUAA